GUUUGCAUGAUGCAUUUUAUAAUUGGCAGAAACUUGUCAGAGGUUAGAUGCAGCAGAACAGAAGACACAAAGAGGUUCUUAAUCAUCUUCUCCCUAUUACAGAUUCUGAGUUCCACUGGAAAACAUGAGUAUGAAGAUUUAUCUGAUUCUACUCACGUUUUUUACAGGGGCAGUCGCUGUUGUCCAAUUUGUCCAUCGUAAGUACUCUCUGAUCCAGAAGGGGAAAAACUGGAGUGAUGCUCAGACUUACUGCAGAGCCACACACACUGACCUGGCUAUCAUCAAAAGUAAUGAUGACAUGGUCCAACUUCAAAAUGAAGCACAGAGACAACAGUUCAGUUCCAGUGCUUGGAUCGGACUCUACAAUCCCGUCAACAGCUGGUUCUGGUCCUUAGGUAAUGAGCCAGUGGGUAGUAUGAGAUGGAAACCAGGUGAACCCAACAAUUAUGGUGGAAAUGAGGAGUGUGGUAUGAUGGGUUCCUAUGGUUGGGAGGAUGUUGCCUGUAAUCUUGCACACCCCUCUGUAUGUUUUGAUGCUACUAAAACUGGAAAUCAGAUGUACAUUUAUAUUUCUACUCCUAUGACAUGGCUUGAUGCUCAGGCUUACUGUAGACAGCAUCACACAGACUUGGCCAUUUCGAGAGAUUCAACAGAAGACUCCAUUAUAAAGGGACUGGCCUCAGUCUGGACUUUAAUUGGUCUGUUCAGAGACUCCUGGAAGUGGACAGACCAAACCAAUUUCUCUACCAUCAACUGGGAGUCUGGAAAACCUGAUAAUGCCCUGGGGAAUGAAAACUGUGGUUAUAUAAAUAAUAAUCAGGCUGCUGAUGCCCAGUGCUCAAACAUAAUGCCUUUCUUCUGUUACUCAGAUGUCACAGGAAAACAACAAACACUAAGACUGAAGGUCCAAUCCAGUGAGGAUGUGAAUGAUCCUGCAGUGAUGAUGGCCAUCUUGCAGCAGAUCAACCAGAAACUGAAGGAUCGUUUGAGGACCCAAAACAUCACAGUGAAAUGGCGCAAACAAUCAGAUGGUGUUGUGUUUCACAAGUUGAAGGAAGAAACAAUACCCAAAUAGAGAAUAAAAGUGUGACCUCUAAAUCUAUGUUCAUUUCAUGUUAAUUUGAAUUUAUCUUUAGAUUUCUGCUCAUUUAACUGUUUAGCUGUUACAUUGUACCUAUGUACAUUGGCAUAAUAUGUAUAAUGUAUGAUGUUAACCAUUCCACCUGAGGGCCCCUGGUACUGGGGAAAGGUGGGACAGAAAUUAUAAAUCCUUUCUACAAGCAUACAAACCCUGAUUAUAUCUACAUUUACGGCAUUUAGCAGACACUCUUAUCCAGAGUGACUUACAUUUUGAAUUUUGGGGGUUAAGGGCCUUGCUCAGGGGCCCUGCAUUGGCAACUAGGUGGACCUGGGAUUUGAACCAGUGACCUACCGAUCAGUAGUCAAACACCUUAACCUCUGAGCUACUACAUCUGUACAAAUAUCUACACAUGAAGCAUAACAGAAAAAUGGGGAGAAACUCAGCUAUAUGACUGACUAAAACACCGUUUUUAGCUAAACAAAACCAAUUCCAACACCAAACAGCUAAAAAAAAACAGACAGUAAAAAAUUGUAAACAUUGCAUACAUAACAAAACUGCCCCAAUCAUAUCGGUCAUUACAUGAUACAAACACAGACUUGGUUGUUUCUGGAGAUUGUACAGAUUCUAGUCGUAUAAAGAUCAGCACUCUGUGACCAAAACUCAUAGAACUAGAAAAAGCACUAAACAUUCAUACAGCCAUAACACUAAAUUUGCUCUUACCUUGAAUAAAUGAAAAUGAAUACAAAAAUUAAACUAGGGUUGAACAGAUCUUUUUCUAUCUUUUUCUAUGACUGAUAUACUAUAAACGAUGAUUAUUAAUACCUAUACUAUAAACGAUGAUUAUUAAUACCUGGCUUUAGAUUUAAUUAUCAUGAAACAAAAAUGUAAAAACUUCUUAUAACACCUUUGUUUUAGCUUGUUUAUUUCUCCUGAUAACAGUUGUAAUUCCUGUAUCUCUGUACAUUAUAAUAAGGGAUGUAUGCUUUAGAGGAGUAGCAGAGAUUCAGAAAGCAGCAAGUCUUUGGAAAACAUCUAGGCUGUGAGCAGUUCUUUCCACAUAUAUUUAGUCAUUAUAUUUAUUAUAGAGUUGUAGGAUACUUUCGAACUUAUGCACAUAUUUAACUCUUUAUGAAUUUUGCUAUUUAUCUCUUUUAUUUG